UUUUUCUUGAUGUUAGCACUUCGAACCCUCCCACUCCUGCCGUGUCGGAGCGAAUUCGCCCAAACUGAGCGCGCACUCUGCUUGCGGUCUAUCCAUUCCGACAACCCCAACCCGCAGGAUUGUCGACCAGCCUGGAGGAUGGAUGACCUCUUUGCCGUGUUCGAGGAGCAACCUCGCGCCUCCAAGCGCAAGGCCGACGCCGAUGCCGACGCCGAUGUCGAAAUGACCGACGGCGUCGGCAACGGCACCAAAAACGGCGACCAGACGGCAGUCAAGGACGAAGAUACGGCCAAUGCCGCCGAUGAGCAACCAUAUGGGGAUGGGCAGGGCCCGAGCGAGAGCAAGCGACGGAAGAAGGAGGACGAGGCCGAGCCGAUCAUGACCGACACGUUCGAGACGGCCGAGUCGAGAGAGGUCAACGCGGCGCAAGGCUUCGCACCAUCGACCGACCAAGGCUCGCUCGUCCUGUCCCACAACAUCCAGCAUCAGGUCGCCCUGCCGCCCGACCUCGACUACGAGUACAUUCCCCUCUCGGAGCACAAGCCACCUGCGGAACCGGCCAGGACAUACCCCUUCAAGCUCGACCCCUUCCAGGCGCUGUCCGUCGCCUCCAUCGAACGCGAGGAGAGCGUGCUCGUCUCGGCGCACACCAGCGCCGGCAAGACGGUCGUUGCCGAAUACGCAAUUGCGCAAUGCCUCAAGAAGAACCAGCGGGUCAUCUACACCAGCCCCAUCAAGGCGCUCAGCAACCAAAAGUACCGCGACUUCCAGGCCGAAUUUGGCGACGUGGGCCUGAUGACGGGCGACGUCACCAUCAACCCGACGGCUAGCUGUCUCGUCAUGACUACCGAGAUUCUGCGGUCCAUGCUCUACCGUGGCUCCGAGAUCAUGCGCGAGGUCGCCUGGGUCAUCUUCGACGAGAUCCACUACAUGCGCGACAAGACCCGCGGCGUCGUCUGGGAGGAGACCAUCAUCCUGCUCCCGGACAAGGUCCGGUACGUCUUCUUGUCCGCCACCAUUCCCAACGCCUUCCAGUUCGCCGAAUGGAUCGCCAAGAUCCACCGCCAGGCAUGCCACGUCGUCUACACCGAUUUCCGGCCCACGCCUCUGCAGAACUACUUCUUCCCGGCCGGAACAAAAGGCAUCUACCUCAUCGUGGAUGAGAAGGGCAACUUCAAGGAGCAUAAUUUCAACGAGGCCAUGGCCGCCAUCGAGAGCAAGAAGGGGUCCGACCCGGCCGACUGGAGCGCCAAGCAGAAGGGCCGAGGCAAGAACAAGAAGACGAACAAGGGAGGCGAGGCGCCGGACGAGAAAUCCGACAUCGAGAGGGUCAUCAAGAUGAUCAUCAAGAGGAGCUUCCAGCCCGUCAUCGUCUUCAACUUUGCCAAGCGCGAAUGCGAGCAGCUGGCGCUCAAGACGUCCAAUAUGAAGUUCAACGCGCCAGACGAGGAGCAGAUGGUCGAAAAGGUCUUCGAGAACGCGCUGCAGCAGCUGUCCGACGAGGAUAGGAGCUUGCCUCAGAUAUCAAACAUCCUCCCCCUGCUGCGCAAAGGUAUCGGCGUCCACCACUCCGGCUUGCUGCCCAUUUUGAAGGAGACCAUCGAGAUUCUCUUCCAAGAAGGCCUGAUCAAGGUCUUGUUUGCAACCGAGACCUUCUCGAUUGGCCUCAACAUGCCCGCGAGGACCGUCGUCUUCACCCAGGUCACAAAAUGGGACGGAGUCCAGCGGCGGCCGCUGACGUCGUCCGAAUACAUCCAGAUGGCAGGCCGAGCCGGCCGUCGUGGUCUCGAUGACCGGGGUAUCGUCAUCAUGAUGGUGGACGACAAGCUCGAGCCCGACGUGGCGAGGAGCGUCGUCGUCGGCCAGCAGGACCGGCUCAACUCGGCCUUCCACCUCGGCUACAACAUGAUUCUGAACCUGCUGCGUAUCGAGGCCAUCUCGCCCGAGUUCAUGCUCGAGCGCUGCUUCUUCCAGUUCCAGACGGCCUCCAGCGUGCCGCAGCUCGAGCGGGAGCUCGCCAACCUGCAACAGGAGCGGGACAGCAUGAUCAUCCCCGACGAGGCUGCCAUCAAGGAUUACCGGAGCAUCCGCCAGCAGCUGGAAGGCUAUCAGAAGGAUAUGAUCGCCGUGAUGCAGCACCCGACCUACUGCCUCAAGUACAUGAAGAGCGGCCGGCCGGUCGAGAUCGAGACACCCAAGGGGACAUACUACGGCUGGGGCGUGGUGCUGGACUUCAAGGCGCGCAAAGCGCCCAAGAUGGGGGAGCCGGAUUAUCCGCCGCAGGAGGCGUACUUCAUCGACGUGCUGCUCAAGAUCUCGUCCGACGACAGCGCGGAGAGCCCCGACCUCAACGGCGACACCGCCCUCAGGGGGGACGCCGCGGUGCCCGAGGGCAUCUACCCGGCCAAGGCGGGCGAGAGGGGGCGGUGGGAAGUCGUCCCGUGCCUUCUCAGCUGCGUCAAGGCCCUCGGCUCGCUCCGGCUGCACGUCGGGAAGCAGCUCUCGUCCAGGGACGAGCGCGACAGGGCGGGCAUGAUGUUGGAGGAGGCCAAGCGGCGGUUCCCCGACGGCCUGCCGGUCGUCGACCCGCUCGAGAACAUGGGCAUCACGGACGAGUCGUUCAAGAAGCUCCUCCGCAAGAUCGAGGUGCUCGAGUCCCGCCUGAUCGCCAGCCCGCUGCACAACUCGCCCCUCCUGGACGAGCUCUGGCAGAAGCUCGAGACCAAGCUGGCGCUGGGCGAGAAGAUCAAGGAGAAGAAGCGGGCGAUCAUGAAGGCGCACAGCAUCGCGCAGAUGGACGAGCUCAAGUCGCGCAAGCGCGUCCUCCGCCGGCUCGGCUUCAUCAACGAGGCCGAGGUGGUCCAGAUGAAGGCGCGCGUCGCCUGCGAGAUCUCGUCGACCGAGGGCCACGAGCUGCUGCUGGCCGAGCUGCUCUUCAACCGCUUCUUCAACGAGCUCUCGCCCGAGCUGUGCGCCUCCGUCCUGAGCGUCUUCAUCUUCGACGAAAAGGUCGAGACGGCCGCGCUCAAGGAGGAGCUGGCCAAGCCCUUCCGCGAGAUCCAGGCCCAGGCGCGCAUCAUUGCCAAGGUCAGCGCCGAGAGCAAGCUCGAGGUGAACGAGGACGAGUACGUGCAGAGCCUCAAGUGGCAGCUGAUGGAGACCGUGCUCGCAUGGGCUAACGGCAAACCCUUUGCCGAGAUUUGCAAAAUGACCAACGCAUACGAGGGCUCGCUGAUCCGGCUGUUCCGCCGGCUCGAGGAGCUGCUGCGACAGAUGGCCGAGGCGGCCAAGGUUAUGGGCAGCGAGGAGCUCAAGGAGAAAUUUGAGCUGAGCCUGUCCAAGAUCCGGAGGGAUAUCGUGUCGUUCAACAGCCUGUACCUGUAAAAGCGGGGAAAAAGAAAAAAGAGGUGCUUGGCAGCGGCC